GCCGCGCCGCGCUCGCCGCCGCACGGAGCGUGCGAGGGGCGGCCCGUGCGGGGAGCGAGCGCCGGCAGCGGGGACAGCGGGUCCAUGGAGCACAACCACCUCCACCUCCACAACGGCUCGCUCCUGGCGCACCACCGCUAUGGCUGCGGCUUGGGGUACGCACCUGUGGUCUACUACAGCCUGCUGCUCUGCCUCGGGCUGCCGGCAAAUAUCUUGACAGUCAUCAUCCUCUCCCAGCUAGUAGCUCGGAGGCAGAAGUCCUCCUAUAAUUACCUUCUAGCUCUAGCUGCUGCUGACAUCCUGGUUCUCUUCUUCAUCGUCUUUGUUGACUUCCUCAUGGAAGACUUCAUCUUAAACAAACAGAUGCCUCAGGUACUGGACAAAAUAAUCGAGGUUUUGGAGUUCUCCUCCAUCCACACGUCGAUUUGGAUCACGGUGCCACUGACCAUCGACCGCUACAUCGCCGUGUGCCACCCCCUCAGGUACCACACGGUCUCCUACCCCGCGCGCACCCGCAAGGUCAUCGUCAGCGUCUACAUCACCUGCUUCCUCACCAGCAUCCCCUACUACUGGUGGCCCAACAUCUGGAUUGAGGACUACAUCAGCACGUCCAUGCACCACGUCCUCAUCUGGGUGCACUGCUUCACCGUGUACCUGGUGCCCUGCUCCAUCUUCUUCAUCCUCAACUCCAUCAUCGUGUACAAGCUGCGGCGAAAGAGCAAUUUCCGCCUGCGCGGGUACUCCACAGGGAAAACAACAGCCAUCUUGUUUACUAUAACUUCUAUUUUUGCCAUACUGUGGGCACCAAGAAUAAUCAUGAUACUGUAUCACCUCUACGUGUCUCCUAUAAACAACAGCUGGCUGGUCCAUAUUGUGUCGGACAUCGCCAAUAUGCUGGCGCUGCUGAACACUGCAAUUAAUUUCUUCCUCUACUGUUUUAUUAGCAAAAGAUUUCGCACAAUGGCAGCUGCCACUUUGAAAGCCUUCUUUAAGUGUCAGAAGCAACCUGUGCAAUUCUAUACAAACCAUAACUUUUCCAUAACAAGCAGCCCUUGGAUUUCCCCAGCCAACUCUCACUGCAUCAAAAUGCUUGUUUACCAGUAUGAUAAGAAUGGGAAGCCUAUAAAAAUAUCACCAUGAAAAGGCCAAUAGUUGGAGUUUCCAGGUGCAAGUUCCUUUCAAGUGGUUACAUCUUCAGGAUGUAAUUUUCUGAAAUGGCUGUUUUGAAGAGAGGUCAUUUGAUUUCAUUUCCCUGGGCGGCCAGGGGCAGAUCAGACUGUCGGGAGGAAACAGGAGCGCUUAAUUUUAGGAGCAGAAGUGAGAAGGCAAACACCUCCAUCUCUUCUAUAGCAUUUUGAAUAUGCUUCAGAGUUCAAGUCUUAGUGUUCAGUCACACUCAAACGUUUUGCAUCCCAACACCAGUGCAAUCCAAAGUCAUCAGAAGGGCAAAGCCACAGCAGUGUUUAAUUACAACCUUUUAAAACACAACAAAACCUUACUUGACCAUCAGUUUGCUAUUGAGAAAGUAAACAGAUGCUUUUGUGUACUGUGGAAGGUGCCAUUUCUGGAGUGUGCACUUGCCAAAAAUGAUGUGUCGAUUCUGGCAUGAAAUGCCACCAGACACAGUUGUGCUGUCAAGGCCUCCUUGCAGGAGGCAGCCUGUGAGACACAAAUGGUGACAAGCCUGGUUAUGGCUCAUUUGAACAAGCUUGAGGACUGAUACAGUACCUGUUGCAGUCUUGGCAUGGAGAGCAAUCCUGCAAGCUGCCAAUAUUUGCGUGUUUUAAGUUGUUAUUUAAGAAUGUGACUGACACAGGGGAGCUCGAGGGAGGGAGGGAUGUCUCUAGAGCAAAGAACAAAAGCAGCAUCUUUCCCAAACUAUUUCAGUCAUGGUGUCUAAGGACUGUCAAAGGGUGAAACCAAGUCCUGCCUAAAGCAGAGCUCUCACUGAAGCUGCUCCUGGGAGCAGUGAUCAAAGCCUUCAAGUUCCUUCUUAAUCAAUACAAAUUCUCAGUUAUCCCCCAUGUUCAGGCCUUUAGGAAUUAACAUAUAAAAACCUCAACUUGAGAUUUUCUCCUGAUGGAUGAUGCCAUCCUCUUGCAGAUUUGCCAUUUAGUUGUUUAAAAAAAACCCCAAAAACUGUGAAAGAAAUUCAUUAAAUACCCAAUAGCAGUAAAAACAUUGAAGCCUUAGUUUAAGCUGAUCUAAGUAUUCCACUUAUUUAGAGGACGUUAGCUUCUCUUCCUUCACACUCAAAAACCAGCAUCCUGUCAAUGCUGAGUGUAGAAAACAAGAGAUUUACAGGAAGGCUGAAAAUGCAUUUCUUUUAAUUUCUUUCCCUUUCAGAUCUUGGCAUGUGGUCUCUUGGAGCCACAUGCCACAACCUCUUUAUUCAUUGGGCACUUACCAGAGGGCAGUGAAGGUGUGAGGGCAGUGAAUAUGUGUGGUGAACACAAGCCCAGCGUGGUCAGUGCACACAGCAGAGCCUCAGGAUCAGAGUUAGCUUGGUGCUAACUCUGUGUUUGUGCCUGUGCCCAUCUCCAUCUAGCAGGGAGCUCAUGGUGCAUCAGGAACCAACACAGAGAGGUCCUCUGAGGAGGGAUCCAGUCAGUCCUGCUAUGGUGGGAUCAGGGGGCUGAAAAGAUCUCUCUAAAACACAUGGAUGGCUCAGCUUUGGUGCAAAUCUCCUAAGAAAUGCCAAGUGAAGUCCUGCUGAGGACAAGAGCCUGGUUCCCUUGUGCCACAGAGGUGAUGUUUGCACAUCCUGUGGGCAAGAGCCAACCCCGCCAGAGCUGAGCUCACCUUCCCCAGAAGAGAACGGCAGCAAAGGCCCAGGCCAUGGACACCAGGCCAUGGACACCAGGCCAGGGAUACCAGGCCAUGGGACACCAGGUCAUGGACACCAGGCCAGGGAUCCCAGGCCAUGGACACCAUUCCAUGGACACCAGGCCAUGGACACCAGGCCAUGGACACCAGGCCAGGGAUCCCAGGCCAUGGACACCAUUCCAUGGACACCAGGCCAGGGAUCCCAGGCCAUGGACACCAGGCCAUGGACACCAUUCCAUGGACACCAGGCCAGGGAUCCCAGGCCAUGGACACCAGGUCAUGGACACCAGGCCACGGAUCCCAGGCCAUGGAUAUCAGGUCAUGGACACCAGGCCAUGGAUACCAGGCCAGGGAUACCAGGCCAUGGAUACUGGGCCAUGGAUACCAGGCCAUUUCAAUGUCCCCAAAGAGAAAUGAGGAGCUUCUCAGUCUGUUGGCUGUUCAUCUUUGUGAUCUCAAAACUUUACCCUUGCAAUAAUAAAGUGUAAAAGGGAUGCUCAGCCUUGCUGUAUUGGUCAUGACAAGAUUAAAGUUAUUGGUCCCUUUAUAGUGUUUUACAGAAAAUCACUUUUGUGGCCAUCCUCCCUGCCCUUUUCUCAGAAACCUCCCCCUGAUCUUCGUCAGUUGAUAGUAACCAAAGUUACCUUAUGGAAGAGGUACUGUACGUUUUAUUUUGGAAAAACACUGUAUUUAUAACUUAUUUUUAUUCUACAUUUGUUAUGAGGAAUGCUUGUCUGAGUUAAAUGUGAAUGAGUCUGAAGUGCAAUAUCUAUAUAGAUAAGUGGUUCAUUUUUUGAGAAUGUAUCUAUUGAAAAAAAAACCUAUUUAUACAAGAAGUUCACUAUUCUACUUAUUAUAAUAGUAACCUUAAAGAAAAUAGUGAAUGUUUAGGGCUUUUAUUUAUUAAAAAAUUCAAUUAAGUGCAUGGCAUAUGCUGCCAUUCACAUGCUGUGACUUAUUAAUUUUUGUAACAUAAUGUUUAUCCGGCAAACUAUCAGUGUCAUCUGAUUUUUUUCUGUCCUGAUAAUGUAUUUUUGUAAAUUACCAUAUUUAAAAACAAAAAUCUUUCUGCGUAUUUUUUUCCCUAUGAAAAAUAACCCAUUCAGUUCUUGUAACUUAUUUGGAAAAGCUCACAAUCAUUUUCCAUAUCCUUUUAGGAAUGACAAGGUGCAAUUUUCAUGUACAGUGGAUUGAUCAUUUCACUUCUGGUAAUGCAGGGCUUUAAAAGCUUGCUUCCAAAGCCCUUUGAAGUUAAAGAGAAGGUUGCUGGUGGGUUUUGUGGUUGGUUUUUCCAAUCCCCAUCGUUUUAGGAGGGCUUUGGAUCAAGCUGUAUCUUGUUAGCAAACAUUCAAAGCCUUCUUAGAGUCCAGUUUGGAUAAUAAAGCCUUGACUUUUUAGUCUGCCAUAUGGGAGCUGCUGUUGAUAAUACUUGCCUUAUUUUUGGUUGUGUAAAGCAUCUUGCAAUGACUGUUGCUAACUAGCCAUUGUCUUGCUGUAUUAUUUGUACCUCCUAAUUUUCCAAUAGUAAAAACUUAACCAAGCACAUGUAGUGUCAUUAUUUAUGGGAAAAGUAUCCUGGAGACAAAACCAUCUUUGUUGUGGAGAUGGUCUUUUGUACUCUAAUUUAUAUUUCAAAUAUCUACAAUUAGAAAAAAUAAGCUGUGAAUGGACAGUUUUACAAUUACUUAUAGGUAUGCAUUCUUGAAUACCACAGCUAGGAACAAAAUACUUUUUAGAUGAGUUGCUGGUAUAUAAAAUUAUGGGACCUAUCACCUAUUUAAAUUGUGAAUAUUGAUAUUUUCAUAAGUAGACAAUAUAUUGUGUUUGAGGAACUUGUUUGUAUUAUAAUAAAUUAUGGUGCAUAACUUA